AGCCGCUGGGGACAAAACAGCGGUUGGUUGAGAAAGAGGAAAUUGGGCAAAGUAGAACCACCCUGUGGUUAGCCUGGCCCAUGUGCCACUGGCAACCCUGGCUGUCUGACAUGGGGGCUGCAAGAGCUGUUAACAACGAUAGUCGCCUACUUCAGCAAGAAUCGAGACCCAAUGGGCUCUGAGUCCAAGUCAUGUGCCCAGCCCUUGGACUCUGGAGAUGCAGCUUCUGCCACUAAGGGUAGCCGUGGACCCUGGAGACCUGAGAAUCCAGAUUUCUUCUCAGCAAUGGAGGAUGAUCAGGAAAAUGACUUUUCAAGAAGCCUCAGCGAGAGCGCAGAAGACCUCAGCCUGGAUAUGGGAGCCCUUCAGGGCAGCGAGUACCUCCGGGAUCUAGGCUUAGGGGCUCCUUCUGACCACCAGCAGUCAGAAGUGGCUAUAGAGCCUGAGAGCCCCAGAAAAGAAGCCAGAAGGGAGUCCCUCUGCUCAAGCUAUGCAGAAGAUCCAGUCCUGCCUCAGAGACGAAGCUGGGAGAGGCCACGGAGCUGCUCGGGGAGCUGUCGAAGGCUCAGCCUUGAUGCCUCCAUGGUGGAUGAAGGAGCCUGUCUCCCCCGGACUCUGGCGAGCCUUACUCUGAAUCUGUCUGGAGAGGGGCAGAAUACUUGGACCCAAGUAUGCUCACCUGACAGUGAGACUCCAGCAGAACCCUCAAGCAAGGAAUGUAUCAGCCCUGAGAAAAGGCUAAGAUCCAAGUCAGUGCCUGUGUCCCAUGAGGAGAUCAGCUGUCUGGAACUGACAUCUGGCUCAGAGGCGUCCACUGCACCUGUGCAAGGCCUUGAACCACCUGUGCUGGAGUGUCUGGAAAAGGACCAUGUGGAGCCAGACCACGUGCUGAUAGUGCAACAAGUGCUUCAGGAACUGCGACACUACCAUGGGGCCCGUCAGCGAGCUCACAUGUCUACCAGCCCUGGAGGAACCCACUCCAACCUCACCUGGUUUGAGUUCUUGUCUGAGAGUGAGGAUGGUGCAAACAAGAAUGAGAAGACAGACAAGAGCACCAGAGUGAAGCGCAGCCUGAGCUCCCUCCGAAGCAGGGUCACCAGGCAGAAAGAGAAGGGGAAGAGCCCUGCACACCUAAAGGAUAAGAUUCAGGAUGCUCCAGGGAGGCGGGAGUGUGUCAAUGGGCACCAGCUGGUGCGAGGAACCUUCGUGGGCCACUCGAACUGCCCUCUGUGUGGCAAACCUUUGCUGAGCUCAGCCUCCCUGAAGGAACACCCUCGGACCACACUCCUGUCUGAUGGCAGCAGCCCAGCUCCUUCCAGGAAUGUCGGCAUGACCGUCUCUCAGAAAGGAGGUCCCCAGCCAACAGCGAGCCCAGCCGGUUCUGGGGUACGACUUGGACCAAUCACUGGAGACAUGGAUGAAGCCGACACUGUGUUUUUAAAGUUGAAGCAGAGUACCGACGACUCUCUGUCACUCACAUCCUCAAACGCUGAGUCUGUUUUCAUAGAAGAUCCUUACAUUGCCUCACUGAGGUGUGAGAUCGAAUCAGAUGCUCAUGAGUUUGAGGCGGAGUCCUGGAGCCUCUCUGUGGAUUUAGCAUAUGCCAAGAAACAAAAGAAGGAGGUGGUAAAAAGACAGGAUGUCCUGUAUGAGCUGAUGCAGACAGAAGCACACCACGUGCGCACCCUCAAGAUCAUGCUGAAAGUGUACUCCAGAGCCCUGCAGGAGGAGCUGCAGUUCAGUGGCCAGGCAGUGAGCCGCCUCUUCCUAUGUGCUGAUGACCUAUUGGAAAUACACAGCCACUUCCUUGCCCGCCUCAAGGAGCGCCGGCAGGAGUUCUUAGAGGAGGGCAGCGACCGGAAUUACGUCAUCCAAAAGAUCGGGGAUGUCCUGGUCCAGCAGUUCUCAGGGGAAACCGGAGAGAGAAUGAAAGAGAAAUACGGUGUGUUCUGUAGUGGCCACAACGACGCGGUCAGUCACUACAAGUUACUGCUGCAGCAGAGCAAGAAGUUUCAAAACUUAAUCAAGAAAAUCGGCAACUUUUCCAUUGUGCGACGGCUGGGAAUUCAGGAGUGUAUCCUUCUGGUCACACAGCGUAUAACCAAGUACCCCGUACUGGUGGAACGUAUCAUCCAGAACACGGAAGCUGGCACUGAGGACCACAAAGACCUGAGCCAGGCCCUGAACCUCAUCAAAGACAUCAUCUCACAAGUGGAUGCCAAAGUCAGUGAGUAUGAGAAGGCCCAGCGCCUCAGGGAGAUCGCAGGCAAGGUGGACUUGAAGUCAUCCAGCAAACUCAAGAAUGGGCUUACCUUCCGCAAGGAGGACAUGCUGCGGCGCCAGCUCCACCUAGAGGGCACCUUGUGCUGGAAGUCCACAUCAGGACGCUUGAAAGAUGUCCUUGCUGUCCUGUUGACUGACGUACUUCUGCUGCUGCAGGAAAAGGAUCAGAAAUACGUCUUUGCUUCUGUGGACUCAAAGCCGCCCAUCAUCUCUCUGCAAAAGCUAAUUGUGAGAGAAGUGGCCAACGAGGAGAAGGCCAUGUUUCUGAUCAGUGCCUCCAUGCAAGGACCAGAGAUGUAUGAGAUCUAUACCAAUUCCAAAGAAGACAGGAACACCUGGAUGGCUCACAUCCGCAGAGCCGUGGAGAGCUGUCCAGAUAAGGAGGAGGGCUCCUCCAUCGAGCCUGAGGAGAGAAGGAUGAGUGAAGCCUUCACCCUGAGACUCCGGGACUUUCAAGAACGACUGAGCCUGAAAGACCAGCUGAUCGCACAGAGCCUUCAGGAGAAGCAGCAGAUCUACCUGGAGAUGGCAGAGCUGAGUGGGCUGGAUGAGUCAGCCCAGUGCCGAGGCCUCUUCCGAGGAGGCGGGGACCCCUCUGAGACCCUACGGGGGGAGCAGAUUCUCAGAUUAGCCAUGAGCGAGAUUGAGGGCAUCCAAAGCCUGAUUUGCCGGCGGCUAGGCAGCACCAGUGGCCAAGUGGAGGAGGGAGGUGUCUCUGCAGGCCUGCCUCGGAGGGCUGAGACCUUCGGGGGCUAUGACAAUGUGGGCAGCCCCAGCAAGAAUGGCAGCUUUAAAAAGAAGAUGUGCAACAACGACCCCGGGCCCCAAGACUGGCAGGGGCCUGCUAGCAUCCCAGAUUCCAGAUCCUGUGACGGCAACACCCCCUGUGGCUGUGAGGAAUCACCACAGGCGGUGGAGAUGCCUAGCACAGAGAGCAGCUCAUGUCUGCCCAUUGUCCUGGAGUCAGAGCUGGUCCACCGGGUCCAGACACUGUCGCAGCUUCUUCUUAGUCUCCAGGCAGUUAUCGCUCAACAGGACAGCUAUGUGGAGAUGCAGCGAGUGGCCAUCCAGGAGCGUGAGAAGCAGUUCCGACUGCAAUCAACACGCGGGAACCUGCUGCUAGAGCAAGAGCGGCAGCGCAACUUCGAGAAGCAGCGUGAGGAGCGUGCUAGUGUUGAAAAGCUGCAGAGCCAGCUGCGCCAGGAGCAGCAGCGGUGGGAGCGGGAACAUGCGCGACUGCAGGAGAGGGAGGACGAGGCACGCCAGCUCCGCCAGCAACUGGACCAGGAGCGCAUGGAGCUGGAACAGCAGCGCCAAGCCUACCAGCACGACCUGGAGCGUCUACGCGAGGCCCAGCGCGCAGUGGACCGUGAACGUGAGCGCCUGGAGCUGCUGCGCAGGUUCAAGAAGCAGAACACCGUACCUGGGGCACUACCCCCAGAGGUGUUGGCAGAGGCCCAACCCACAAGCCACCCUCCCAGUUUCAAUGGGGAUGGACUAGAGGGGCGCUUAGCCCUAGCCAAAGCACCAGGGACCCAAGGGAGCAUGCUGCUGUCUGGCACAGGACCUGAGUACAUAGAGCGACCUGAGGUGGCCCGCUGGAAUAGUACCACUGCUGAGAGCCGGUCAGCCAAGAGUGAUGUGCCCAUCCAGCUGCUCAGUGCCACCAACCAGAUUCAGAGGCAGACAGCUGUGCAGCAGCAGAUCCCCACCAAGCUGGCUGCCUCCACCAAGGGUGGCAAAGAUAAGAGCAGCAAGAGCAGGGGUUCCCAGCGUUUGGAAAGCUCAGAGAGGCAGCACGCCCCUCCCACUGGAGUUCUCCGUCUCAGCAGCGGAACUGAAAUGACAGACCUCGGGCAGGGAGACAGCCAGCCAAGCACCAGCACGGCAUCCUUCGACCUGAAGCAGCAGCUGCUUCUCAACAAGUUAAUAAGCAAGGAUGACAAUUCGUCACGAAACCGCCGGUCACUGAGUCCCAUCCUGACUACCCCCCAUGGAUCUGCACCUGCCCCAGAUCCCUGCUUCCCAGCCCCAAGCCCAGUCCCAAGCCCGGCCCCAGCAGCCACACCCCCUGAGGUCUUCAAGUCUGGAGGCAUGCCUCUGCCACCUGCAUCCCCAGCUUCCUCACUGCCAACCACACCACUCACCGCCAAAGAUGAAGCUGGCAAGGAAGAUGUCAUCUUCUUCUGAGGGGGCCAUGGCCCCAAGAGCAGACCCUUUUCUGUCCUGAUAACCCUUUGUCUCUGGGGACCCCAUGGGUGACUGUUACUGUCUGGCCAUCCCCUUCCCCUGCCUGAGCACACACCAGGCACUUGCUCACCUGUUGGUGUCUUGGGUCUCACAGCUCUCUGUAGAAUUAGUGGUAAAGCCUGGAUAGCCUCUUAAACCUUUUUAUAUAUGCAUGUGCAAACAAAGUUCUUUUAAAUUGAAGGUCGAACUCCAGCUAAACCACAGAGCUGUUCUAAACCAGAGGUAGGCAGCACAAAGGUGGGAAGGCCAGGAGAAAAGAACAGGUGGGUCUAAGACGACACUGGCUCCAGAGGCAGGUUCCACAACACCCAGAAAUCUCUGGGUUGAGCUGUCAUUAGGCACCAGAAGGCACUAGAAUCACCCAGAGUCCAGUGAAUCGCCCUUUCCAAAGCAGCAGUUGAUGCUGGCCACAGAGAGACUUGAUCAGUAAGUGAACUGGGCAAUGGCAGAGGGCCACAUGAUUGGGGAGGUUUGGGCAGCCCAUGGGUCUGUGGGUUCACAAAUCAGUCUGAAGAGGGCUACCAACUGUCACUCCUUGUAGUAGUUGGGGGUUUUCCCAGUUCUACCUCUGGAGGAACACCUGGCAUGUCCUCAUUCCCACCCAUCUGAGACACAGAACCCUGGGUUCAGCAGAGCAACACAUACCCCAGACAGUGUUUGGUCCCUGUGAGAUGAGCGGAUUUCCCCUAAUUUUCCAGUGUCCUGCCAGAGAGGCAGGAGCUGGUCAGCAGCUGGUCUGGUCUGGUCUUCUCCCCAGGGCUGGGCACCCAUAGGAUCAGGAGGUGACUGGGUGUGGUGACCCUGGUGGACAAUAGGGUGCUGAAAGUGGUGGUGUCUAAUGACUUCAGCGCUCCAGGAGUGGUGUGGGGCCCCCUUGUCCGUCUCUGUCUUGUAUCCAGAGUGUGUCUCCAUUUACCAGACCUCAUCCGUGCCAUGUUGCUAAUCAGUGUUUUGUGGGUUUUUUUUUUUUUUUUGUGCGUGUUUUUUUGUACUGAGAUAUCAGAGCACUUUAGGAAAGCUGACCUUUAAGCUCCCACUCUCUGAAGAGAACAUUCCAGGACCCCACCUGAGUUGCGUGGGCUCACCAUCAGUUCAUAUGCCCUGAUCCCACCCCAGACACUAUGAUGUUUUGGACUAGAAGUUCAGAUGAUUUCCCCUUGGCCCUGGGUAGGAUUUGCACAUCCCUGCCAGGUGGCCAGGUGUUAUCUCACUGUGUUCUGCACACCGCAGGGGAGUGGAUCAGUGUAUCUGUCACCAGCAGCCGUGGGCUCCUCCUCAGUUGGUCUCAUUUGUAAAGCUGGUGAGCCAGCAGCAUUCCCAACUCUGAGACUGAGUGGCAUCCCUUGUCAAUUGUGACCAUGAUCUUCAUCUACCCUGUGAUUAUUUCCACAGUGAUAGCAGAGCAUCCUAGCCACAGGGUAUUCUGGGAUCACCCUAGAACUUAUGACCAGAUUCUAGCAAUAAAAGCAUCCAAAGGAC